UCAAUAAUCGAUAUCAUAUCAUCACAUCUUCUGCUCUCUCACGAGAAGAAUACUACUAACUGUGUUGUAAUACCUCAGUGGAGAACAAGAUGAAUCCAUGGAACAUGAGAACUUCCAAGUUACUCUCUCAACAACUUGCUUAUCCUCCUUAUCGCUUGGUAGAAGAGAUUCCAAACAUGGGAAAUUCCAGAAGAUCAAUUCCAUCAUGCUGUGCAGUUGUGUGAGCAAGGAGCCAAGAGGUUCACAGAUGACAAUCUUUUAUGGUGGCCAAGUUCUUGUCUUGGAUGAUAUUCAAGCUGACAAAGCCAAGGACAUCAUGUCUUUUGCCGGCAAAGGAAUGUCUCAAAACCAGAACGACUGUGCUUACACUUUCCCUGCUACAACUUCUGCUACUCCCAGUAGACCAUUCCCUUUUCUUAUGAAUAUCAUUCCAACCACUGCCAAUAAUUCGGUUCAAGACCACCCUCAAACACCAUCCAAACCUGUUAUUUGUGAUCUACCAUUGGCUAGGAAAGCUUCACUUCAUCGGUUCUUGGAGAAAAGAAAGGAUAGAAUUGCUGCCAGAGCACCAUAUCAAACAAGCAAUCACAUGGCAGCCCUUAAUAAGCUAGCUGAAUCCAAGCCAUGGCUCACCUUGGCACCUAAAUCACCACAACAAGACGAAUCUGAUUCUGAUAGCAGCUCCAGCUUUGUGUUAUUUUAACUACUUUUGUUGGACAAGGUGAAGAAGAAUUGUGGUGUCAACAUUUUGAUAAACGGAGUCAACAUUUUAUGGGCUUCUCUAUAGCUCCGUGCUGAAUUUUUGGGAGGGCUAUGAUCAAUGCUGUUGCUCAUGGCUUUACUAUUAUUAUAUUUAAGAGUGUAAUUUAGGGCAAAAAAGUAAUGUAAAUGUAGUUUGGUUAGCAUAGUUUUAGUAAAAUAUUGAAAUCAGUUCUUCUCAAUUCUCAUUAUCACGUGUAUUAUAUGUAAAACUUCGGUUAGGAUUAUCUUUCUAUAUGCUAGCCUGUUUGUUAUGGUUCAAUUGGUUUCCUACUAGUAUGUGAGACACAUUUAGUCAAAUUCCAUCUUUCCAGCGAA